AAAACUGAAAGUAAUGAUAAUAUAUAAAAUUUAGGGGGUAACUGCACGUGAAACGCGCGUUUCCUCAGGAAUAGAUACUCUCUGUUACGCCAUAACGCGUCUAAGCAAAAAAAAGCUCACGCGCUCUCUCCCCCAACCGCGACCGCACGAAUCUUCUCCCCCCCUUCGUCGGACGAUUAUAAACCAAACGGUCCAAACCCCUUCUCCAUCUUGCUUCCUUCAAUUCCCAAUCAAUUUCUUUAAUUCUUCAAUUCUUCAAUCCAAUUGUUGCAGCCAUGGAGCACAGGUCUCUGCAGAUCAACGUUAUGAACGCCAAGGACAUCAAGGACGUUAACCUCUUGACCAAGAUGGACGUCUACGUCGUCGUCUCCAUCUCCGGCGACUACACCACCCACAAGCAGACCACCCCCGUCGACAAGGACGCCGGCACCAACCCCAAAUGGAACCAUUCCCUCAAUUUCUCCGUCGACGACGCCGCCGCCCACCAGAAUCGUUCAACCCUCGUCUUCCUCCUCCGCUCCGACCGCAUCUUCGGCGACAGGGACAUCGGAGAAGUCCGCGUUCCCGUCAAGGAGCUCAUCAACAACCCCGGCAACGACUACAAGAACAGCCGCGUCGUCAGUUACCAGGUCCGGACUCCUUCCGGCAGAGCCAAAGGGACAUUGACCUUCUCCUACAAAUUAGGCGACAAGAUUCAAGCGCCGGUUCCGGCACCGUACCCCAAGAAGAUGGGCGAGUCAUUGCCCGCGUAUCCGGCGUACCCACCUCCGGGAUCGGCGAUGGAAGCGCAGGCAUACCCGCCACCCGUCGGGGCACACCCAGCGUACCCACAUCCGGCGAUGGCGGCAGAAACGCCUACGCCGGCGACGAAGAAGGUGGAGGAGCCCGUGACGGCGUAUCCCGCUCCCGCAGGCGUGAAAAUGGCGUACCCACCUCCCGGGGGAUAUUAUGCUCCGCCACCGCCGUCUGGAGCAGCUCCGCCAUACGGUGCGCCGCCGCCGGCAUACCCGCCGCAAGGCCCGGUUGGAUAUUAUCAGCCGGCUUACGGGUACCCGCCGCAGCAGAUGGGGGCGGCGGGCUACGGAUACGCCGGAGCACAGCAGCAGCAGCCGCGGAAGAAAAAGGGUGGGAAAGGGAAAUUGGGGUUGGGGCUGGGCGCUGGACUGCUCGGGGGAUUGCUGAUCGGAGAUAUGAUGUCGGACGCGUCGGAGAUGGGGGCGUAUGAUGCAGGGUACGAUGCUGGGUUUGAUGAUGGAGGGUUUGAUUUUUAAUUAUCUUAAAUAAUUAUUCACUUUGGGUGUUGAAGAUGGAGAUUAUAUAUAUAUAUAUAUAUGUAAGGUGGGGUUUGUUCUUUGUUGUGAUUAUGAGGAAAUCUUUUUUGAGUUUUGUGUUCUUGUAAAUCAUCGAGGAAUGGCAUUUUUAAUCAUGAAUAAAGGAUGAUUUUGUCUA